AUGGCAGAAAGCAAUCGUGGACGUGCACCAGGUGACUAUAUUAGUUUAUCACCAAAUGCAGUUGCACAUGUUGAUGCAUAUUUCGAAUAUCGACGAUUACACAAUCGAUUAUAUGUAUCAUGGGUAAAUCCUCAAUGCAUGGAUUGUAUUAUUAUUGGAUCACAACAUAAAUGUCUUUGUCGAAAUAAAUUUUCUGAACAUAAAAUUGAUUUUACUGAAAUUCCAACUGAACGACCCAUUCUUAUUUCAUGUCGUUGUGUAUCAUUUGAAUAUGUUGCAAAUGCAUCUGAUAGGAGUGAUCCUAAUUGUCGUUGUAAACAUUCACUUGAUACUUAUGGAACACGACCACUUUACACAUGUCAGAAAAAACAAUGUGGUCUUCUAACUGGAUAUGCAACACCAUAUAAAGCGAUGGGUGGUUUAACAGGAUUUAGUUCAUUAGCUGAAGGAUAUUUGAGACUUGAUCCGAGUGGAUGA